AAAAAGUUGUGAGGAGGAGGUGUCCGUCCAAACCGGAAGAGGGAAAAACCAAAAACAGAUGAGAGGUUCACUUUUCCUUUGUUGGUUGCGUUUCAGUCGGGAAGAAGCACAGGACGUUUUUACAAACUACUUUUUGACACUUUGGGGGAGAGUUUUGGCGGCUCUAGGGGGUGAACUCUGGGGCCGCAGCCCCCGCAGUGGAGCGGCUUCGGUGGGCUGACGCACACGAGAGGCGGGGGACUCGGAGAGCUGUCAACGGAGCUAAUGCUAACGAUGUUAGUUCGAUAGGUUAACACACACGCACAAAACACCACUCCAGGGAAGUCGAAUUUUGCUUUCCUUAAAAAAAACAAAAAAAAAAACACUUAACUCGCGUUUGAAGAGGCACCGCGAGAUUCCACCGGGGAGGAUGAGAUUUGGAAGUCUGGCUAGCUUAGCAUAGCAUAGCAUUUCGUUAGUAACACGCACAAAAAAAAAAAACAACUCGAUCGACGUCCACGUAAAAAUGCUGACGUGAACAUAACACAACACUUGGACGUCCGUUAGGUACACUAAGUGCUUAGACGCGCUAUUUUAUUAUUACGGGAGGGCGAGUCGUCGUUUCUCGCGGCUCCUGUUUUCAAUUUAUUUGUUAUAUAUUUUUUCAAGUUUCGCCUUUUUGGGUGUUACCAUGGACGCUGCGCAGCCCGCCAGCGGCGCCUUGGAGCUGUUACAUAACAGCCGCAAGUCCGCCGACAUGCUGCCGCGCUGACAGCCGCAAACACGUACACGCACACAAACAUACCCCUAAGCAUACAAACAGCGAGUGGAGAGGCGUGCAAGAAGAGGAACGACAUAAAUACAACAUGGAGGAGCUGUGAGACAGCUUGCACAAGUAAACAACAACGGCAAUUUGAGCAAGAUGGAUUCAAACCCGCUUAUCAACGCAUGAUCGGAUGGCAGGAUUUUUCCAAAGCAAGAAAGCUCUGAACUUCCAUCCUUGCCCGGUUGUUGCCGUGGUGACCACUGCUUCCAAGUUGUGCCUACCCGAUUACAUUGUACUUCUAUGACAAGCCAUGGAUCCGUCCAUCACGCUCUGGCAGUUUUUGCUCCAUCUACUGGACGACCAGCGACAGCGUCACUUGAUCUCCUGGACUGGAGAGGACGGCGAAUUCAAGCUGCUUGAUGCUGAAGAAGUGGCGCGACUGUGGGGCCUGCGCAAGAACAAACACAACAUGAACUAUGACAAACUCAGCCGCGCACUCAGAUACUACUAUGACAAGAACAUAAUCAAGAAGGUGAGCGGACAGAAGUUUGUGUACAGGUUUGUGAGCCAGCCUGACCCAUUCCUGUCUGACGGGACACACACCCCUGAAGACGGCCAAAGGCGGGACAAUCUGGACGCCAACAGCCAAUCAAAAAGUUGUCUAUCCAAGAACGUUGCACAGAAGUCGUCGCCCGGCAACUCUCAUAAGAGUUCUAGAAAUGACUACAUGAAAUCGGGCCUCUACUCCACCUUCACCAUCCAAUCGCUGCAGGCCCCACCUAAUCCUCGGCCCGUCAAAACUGAACUGCUGCUGGAGCCCAUCCCCAAGCUGGACCGUGCACCCAAAGAGGUUUCCUCUCCGUCAGUGGUUGGCGAUCUGUCUCACCAGGUGAUCGUCACACAGCCGUCGCCGUGUCCCACUCCUGUUGUCAGCCCCCAUACGGCUGCCAACACCCCCAGCCAAUCACAGAAUCCUCCUGGGCAUCCUCUGAGUGACCAUCCCCACAUUUACCUCACCAGCGUCAGGGACCCUUCCUCCCUCACCCCCCUCCUUCCACUGGCUCCCGUCGGGGGUUCGGUGAGUCCCGUCCAGCCACACCACUCAACCGUCGGCUCCCAGACGCCGCCACAGGAUGACGGCAGGGAAUUUGCCAAUGUCGCCGGGUUCCCUCCCCAACAAACGCCCUCUCAGUCCGUUUUGGUCAUCAUCAACCCUCCGCCCUCGCAGCAGCAGCGUGCUACCAUGGCGUCCACACCUUCCUCGGUUGUCCCACCCCUAGCACGCCCGCCCCCGCCACCCAUCGUCAUUAAGGAGGAGACACUGCCAUCCGAGGAGGAGCUUCUGGAGAUGGUGGUGCUGGAGGAGAAACGGGUGGACGAGGUUCGUCAGUUAAUUUGCGACACGGGUGACCCACAGACACCGCUCACCAUUGUUGAAGCUCCGUCCACUCCCAGAGUCCAGCCCAGGGAGGGUAGACCAGAGGGAGAAGGAAAGGACACACACACAGGCUCAUCAGUUACCGCGGUGAUAUCAUCGAUCUCUGCUCCAGACGUGAUUGCUCCCAAACCAAAGAAGCCUCGAGGCUUGGAGCUGCCCUCCCUACCCCCAGGCCUCUCCCUGGAUAAGGUCAACGCCGCCGUCAACAGUUUGCUGGCGCCCAGCUCGGCCACCAACACGCUGACGCCCACCGUCAUCACUUCGCAUGCUCUGACUCCCGUCCUGUUGACCCCAAGUCCGCUUCCCUCCACCAUCCACUUCUGGAGCACGCUCAGUCCCAUCGCGCCUCGCUCGCCCGCCAAGCUUUCCUUCCAGGCCACCGCAACAGUCUACCAGAAUGUUUUAGAGGACUUCAUGAUUCCUUCUGCUGAGGAUCUUUAUGGAGAUGGCAGAUUUCAUCUUCCAGCAGGACCUGGCCCCUGCUCAUACCGCCAGAAGCACCAAAACCUGGUUUGAUGCCCAUGCCAUCACAGUGCUUUACUGGCGAGCCAACUCGCCAGCUCUAAAACCCAUUGAGAAUCUAUGGGGUAUUAUCAAGAGGAAAAUGAGGGGCACCAGACCCAAAAACAAAGAAGAACUGACAGCAAGCAUCAAGCAAAUCUGGGCUUCCAUAACUCCCAGGCUAUCCCACAGACUGAUUGCCUCAAUGCCACGGCGCAUCGAGGCAGUGAUUAAAGCAAAGGGAUUCCCAACCAAGUAUUGAAGGUUAACAUAUCAUUUUGAAAGUACCAUAUUUUGAUUGAUGUAAUUUGACCCUAAUUUUUAUUUUAUUUUUUCUACAAAAACUGAAGUAAAUGGUGAUUUCUCCACAGUAUUCACAUUUUUUUAACUCCUGAUUUCAUGGGUUUUAUGAGCUGGAAGCCCAAAUUUUGUAAAAAUAUACAAAUAUUUGAAAUUGUUUAAAUUGUGGGUUCUGAAUCUAUGAAAGUUUAACAUUUUGAAUGAAAUAAUGGAAAUAACUUUUCCAUGAUAUUGAAAUAUUUUGGAAAGUGUCUGUGCAGUAUAUUUGAAUCCAAAAGCUAGUUUAUUUUUAGCCUUGUCGCAUUUCUUUUAACAUCAUUUAUGAUCACUGGGAUUUGUCAAAUCAAACGCGACCAGAUACACUCCGUACCACGGCAACAACAAUGGAUCGCAAGUGUCUUGUGUUGGUAAAAAAAUAGGGAAAAAUGGUAACCGGUGCUCGGGUGAAGACGUUCGUUCAAAGAUUGCUUGAGGUACAAUAUGCCCACGUACUUUUAAUAUGAUACGGCUCACAAGCAGCCAACAAAACAUUAUGUAGCCUAGCAAGCUAGUGCUAGCACUAAUGGUUGUACGUAAACAUACUGACAUUAUGUUUAAUCAUGCUCUUAACGUUUCGGUGUGUGUGUGAAGUAAUUACAAUAAAGUAAUUUAAUUACAGUAAGUUAGCCCCCAUUAUUUCUGUCAUGUUGAUUUAACCUGACUGAUUAGAAUACAUGACCUAACGAGAGAAUAUUUUUGAAGAUACUCUGUAUACAGUACACAAGUAUAUACAGUAAAUGAACAAGUCAUUUAAAUAGACACACUGCUCAAUCUUGUGAUUUGAUCGGUUAUCAUUUUUUUAAACUCGCUGAUCAGUGAUCGGCCCCAAAAAUCCUGAUCGUGUAAAGCCUGCUGUAAACCAUUUAGUUGGAAUUUUCUAAUGUUGUAAAAUGAGUUUGAAAUUAUACUGAAGUUUUUUCAAAUCAUAGUUUGGGAUAUAUUUUCGGUUUAAACUAGGAUUGCACAAUAAUUAUCGACCGAUAACGAUCGGUCCGAUAUUGGGACACGAUGUCACACGGAUCAAUCUGCUACCUAAAAAAACUGGACUGAUAACAAGGCCAAUAUCAUUCAUUGGCACACUGGUCGGCAGCGGCUGAUGUUGCAUUGGCUUCUGACAGUCAUGGAUAUUUUGAUCAGAAUUAUUUGCCUAGAACACCAAAAACAGCCAUUAUCCCAAGUAAUAUUGCAUAUGAUCGCCAGCACUUGCUGAAAUUGCAAUCAUCAGUCACUUUGAGUAAGUAAAUAUGACGCUCGCGACCGUUUGGAACGCAGCGGUCUGGAAGACCCAGCAGCCGACGAAGCAACGGACACACGUCACAACGUACCCCAACAGAGGAGCAAGCGGAGGCGGCUUAAUCGGACACGGAAAAGUGGCGAUCGGGGCGGACCUACGACACCAGAAAUAGUCAAUAUCCGCCGUCAAUUAGCAUAUGAUCGCCAGGACUUGCUGAAAGUACGAUUAUCCAGUGACUUGAGUUUGUAACUACGAUGCUUGCGAACGUUCACCUCCUUCGGAGGCUUGGAGCACAGCUUUCGGUAAGUCCCAGCGGCCUACGAAGCAGCAGACUCGCGUAGCAGCAUAAGCCAACAGGAGCAAGCGGAGGCAGCUUUGUCAGACAUGGAAACGCAUUUGUCGGAGUAGACUAAGCAAACGAGGUAAGCCAAUACACAGCGCUGCUCGUAUUCAUCUUUUUCUCCAUAAGUUAGGGGGUCACCUCUCCAGCUUGCCAUCAAUUUAGGGGUCUUUAGCCUGGAAGUCGUUGAAGACCCCUGAUACAAACCAUUAAAAAAAUAUACCAUCGGUAAUCAGUAUUGGUUUGAAGAAGUAGCAAGUUAUUGGAAUCUGUGGCAAAAAAACAGGUAUCAUGCAUCCGUAGUUUAAACAUUUAUUAUAGGCCAGUGGUUUCUAACCUUGAUUGAGCCGAGGCACAUAUUUCAGAAAAAAGCUUGACUGCACACCACGAAACAAAAAUGUCACAAUAAAGUGGAUACGCAGGUUGCUUAUGUAUGUACCUUCGGCCAUCUAGUGGAAGAGCAUUUAAUUGAUGUCACUAAAUUAGAAAUUUUUUGGACCAAUUAAAUUAAAUGUUAUAAUUUCCCGCAGCGGCGCCACGGUGGACGACUGGUUAGAGCGUCAGCCUCACAGUUCUGAGGCCCCGGGUUCAAUCCCCGGACAUGCAAACUCCUGUGUGGAGUUUGCAUGUUCUCCCCGUGCCGGCGUGGGUUUUCUCCGGGCACUCCGGUUUCUUCCCACAUCCCCAAAACAUGCAUGAAUUGGAGACUCUAAAUUUCCCGUAGGUGUGAAUGUGAGUGCAAAUGGUUGUUUGUUUGUAUGUGCCCUGCAAUUGGCUGGCAACCAGUUCAGGGUGUACCCCGCCUCCUCCCCGAUGAUAGCUGGGAUAGGCUCCAGCACGCCCGCGACCCUAGUGAGGAGAAGCGGCUCAGAAAAUGGAUGGAUGGAUGGAAUUUCCCGCAGCAUAUCUGAUGAUCUCUCAUGGCACAGUGGCCCAAAAUCACUGAUACAAGCAAUUAUUUAAAACAUUUGGGGGGCGUGUGUGGGAUUAAUUACUCACUUUUUUGUUGUUGUUGUUUUGGUGCCCAUUACUGUGUGACCUUUUUUCAGUAAUAUGACCAUUUUUUUUCUGAAAUGUAUAACUUUAAAACUUUAUCCAAUAAUGACUUUUUUAAAACUAUAGUUAUGCUAUUUUUUCAGAAACACACCUUUUUCUUAUAUACAUGCUUUUUUCUGAAAUACAGUGGACCCCCGCUAUUCGCAGGGGACUGCGAAUUGUGAAAAUGUGUUAAUUGACGCUCCCUAAUAAUUGCCAUGGGAAAAAAAAACCUGAAAAAUAUAUGAUUAAGUGGGGGAUCAGGUAAAAAAAAAAAAAAACGCAGAUAAGUGGGGGUUUCUGCAAAUAAGAGGAUUCUGAAAAUCAAUUUUGUAAAUAGUUGAAUUUGCUAAUGCCGAACCAACUACGCGGGGCUCCACUGUAAACGCCUUUUUUGGGGAUUAUUAUUUUUUUCUCCCUCAAAAAUAUCCCCCCCAAAAAAUUUCCUAACUGCGGUUCACUGGCAAGUUAGCGGCUAUAUUAGAGAAUUACAGAAAGCGCAAAAAAGUACAUGGCUAGGUGCAUAUCGAAGAGUUGUUUUCAGCCAACAGUCUUAGUUCUGCAGUAAAAUUUGCGAGUGGGUGAAUUUGUGAAUGGCGAUUCGCAAACUGGCUAGAGUUGACCGUAAAUGUCUGUGUCUCCUCCAGUUCCCGACGAACGGCAGUAACCAGAUCCACAUCCCGGCGCUCAGUGUGGACGGUCUGUCCACCCCCGUAGUUCUGUCCCCCGGUCCCCAGAAGC